AUGUCCCAGCAGACUCCAUAUAUUGGAAGUAGAAUAAGUUUGAUUUCGAAAUUAGAUAUACGUUACGAGGGUAUUUUAUACACUGUAGACACCAACGAAUCAACAAUUGCACUUGCUAAAGUACGAUCAUUUGGUACAGAAGACAGACCGACAACAAAUCCAGUUGCCGCUCGAGAUGAUAUAUAUGAAUAUAUUAUAUUCAAAGCAACAGAUAUCAAAGAUCUGAUAGUAUGCGAAACUCCGAAACCGCUGCCUCAACUAGCUGGUGGUUUAGCUUAUGAUCCGGCAAUACUUUCCAUAUCUUCUGGACGUUCCAUUCCAGUACAAACUUCUGUUCAAAAUGUACCUGCUGUUGUUAACAGCGUUAUAAGCGCCGGAUGUAGUAUUUUUCAAGCUUCGCGUUCUGAUACGCCAAAUCGUAUUUCUCCAGCAGAAGAUAAUACACAUUCUCGUGCUCCUGGUUCAGGGCGAAAUCAACAUACUCUUUCGCUAGCAAAUCAGAUGCUUCCUGCGACAGGUAUUAAAAACCGUGGUGGUUUUCAGCAACAGUUACAGCAUCAAGGAACACCUAAUACUGGACGGCAGCAAAAUUUCCCAAGUGUUGGUAGCUAUCCAGGAAACUAUGGUCGGGGGGGACAGCAAAGCAAUUAUCGUGAAAAUCGUGGAGGAUUUUUUGGUCGUGGCAAUAGCGCUAAUUAUCAGCGUGGUGGUGGCACUCGUGGAGGUGUGAGUGGUAAGUUACAAACAAAGGAAAAACUGAAAUUCGACAGUGAUUAUGAUUUCGAAAAAGCGAACGAGCAGUUUCAAGAAACUCUCAACCACAUUAGCAAAAUGAAAGUUGAAGAAUAUUCAGAUGGAAAUAAAAAAGCGACACCGGGAUCUGAUAAUUGUUCAGAUGUUGUUGAAGAUGAAGUGGCUGAUACUGUGAGGGAAGAAUCAGAAAAACGUUACUAUGAUAAAAGUUCAUCAUUUUUUGAUCGAAUUUCAUGUGAAGCACUCGAGAAACAAGCAGGAAAGCCACGUACUGACUGGAAAAAAGAGCGUGAAACUAAUCAGGAAACAUUCGGACAUUCUGCUGUUCGUUCUUUGGCUUAUCGUCGACCACGAGGAUUUGUGAGUGGCCGUGGUGGUGGUCGUGGUGGACCCAUGAAUAGCAACUAUCGUUACAAUUCAGUACUUAAGUUUGUCAAAAAGAAAACAACAAAGUUUAUGAAGAAGCUGUAUCCCAAAAAUCAGGCAGAUCUGCCAGUUGCUAUAACUACAAUGGCCAAUCUCGCGGUGGUUACGGCAACUUCUACAAUAAUUACAACCAUCGUAACAGCUACCGUAACAGUGCCAGCUAUUCCGAUGCCACUGGGCAAGGCUGUUGUGUAA